CAUUCUAUUAUUCUUAAAACAAGACUAAAUUUACAAAAACUAGAAUUAUCAAUAAAAAAGAGUUCAACAAGAGUCAUAUUUUGAUUAAAUCAUUGUGCUGAAAAGAGGUUAGCGCCUAACUUAUAAAUAGUUGGCAAAUGAUACAGCUGUUUUGUCAUUUAUAGUUGUGAAAAUUAUUGUUACUCAAAUUUCAGAUGUCAGAAGACAAAAUGGAGUGUUUAGGCAGUGAAAAUGAUAGCAAAAUUUCUAAUAUGUCUGGAGAAGCAGCGGAAAACCGUGCCAAAGAAGAAAGUGAUAAUUUAAAUGUUCCGUCUGAAUGUAAAAUCGCGAAAACCGAAUUAGAUAGUCCAAAACCUCCAGAUAAUGAAACCAAUAGUGUUGACAAUGAACUCAUUCAAAUUAAAGUGAUUUAUAAUAAAAAGAAAUACGACGUUUCUACUUCACCAAAUGAUACAAUAGCCCAACUAAAAACACAACUAAAAGAUUUAAUUGGAGUUCCUGAAGCAAUGCAAAAACUAAUGUACAAAGGCUUACUGCAAGACUCCAAUACAGUAUCAAACAGUGGCAUCACAAAAGGGGCUAAAGUUAUGCUUGUAGGCUCUACCUUAAGUGAUGUUUUAGCUAUGUCUUCUGUCAGCAAACAAGAUGUGGUGGAGAUGGAAAAAGCUGCCAGUGCAAAGGAGCCUUUGUGCAGACAAAAAAUUCAUAGGAAAGUUUUGGAUAAAGGAGUUCCUGAAGAUGCUAUGCCAGGAAUAAAAAAUAUUAAAGAAGGUUUGCCUCCUGUGCCUCUUUCAGGUAUGCUGAACAAACAUGGGGGUAAAGUUAGGCUGACUUUCAAAUUAGAAAAUGAUCAGUUGUGGCUGAGCACUAAAGAAAGAACUGAAAAACUGCCAAUGGGAUCUAUAAAAAGUUUAGUUUCUGAACCUAUAGAAGAUCAUGAAGAGUAUCACAUAAUGGGAAUACAAUUGGGUCCAACAGAAGCGUCACGAUAUUGGAUUUAUUGGGUGCCCGCUCAAUACAUAGAUGCGAUCAAGGAUGCGGUAUUGGGCAAAUGGCAGUACUUCUGACUUAAAAAGUUUCUAGCUCAGCUAACAGUAUUAAGAUCAGAAUGUAUUUAAAUGCAUUUUAACCAAGAUUAUAUUAAUCUAAAGAUGUACUGCGAAUUAUGGAAAACGAAACUGUUUAAUUUUAAAAACCAUAAAAUUGCAGUUGUUUUUUAUUUUUAUACUGUUUUUACUUUGUGAUACCAUGGUCUUAGAUAUUGUUAGCCACUGUUAAAAAUAAGUGAUUUACUCAAUAUUUGUGAUUUUGUUGAUUUGGUAAAGUUAACAUAAAAGUUUAAAUUUAAUUUAAAGUUUAUAAAUGGUUUUAAUUAGUUAGUUUCUGUUGACUAUAUCACUUCAACAACAAAAAAAUUGUUAUAACUAAAUUUUGUGUUUGCCUGAUGGUUGUCUUGUAGUUAAAUUAAUAGAAACUCUUAUGCAUUA